AUGUAUCGACUUGGAUCUCAGCGACGACUCCGACGAAGACGCCGACGUCCAUCCAAGGAGAACCCGCAGCAGUUGGAUUCGGGAAAAAUCUCCGUUCGACAAACCCAUGACGGAAGAAGAGGAAACCUCUAUUGGGUCGAACAGGAGGAACUUGCCGAAAGGCAAACCGAGAUUACUCGCCGCGAAUGCCGACAAGCUCGGAAAACCGCAGGAGAGGAUCCCGACAUACGAGAUCCCCGCGAUUACAUCACCAAGACUGCCGCGGAAGUAAGGGCCGUGAAAUCGCAGAUCCACCACGCCACGAGCGCUGCCCCAGAAAUCGACAGGCUGCUCGAGGUGGCCCGUAAAAUGCCCUUCACCGUGCGGAUCUCCGAGACUAAGGUGUCUAAUCCGGGGAAGCUCAAGAUACCAAUGUACAACGGUACGACCGACCCAAAGGCGCAUCUCCAGGCGUUCCAUAUCACUAUGGGAAGAGCCAGGCUUAGAGAAAGCGAGAAAGACGUUGGUUACUGUCGCCUGUUCGUCGAAAAUCUUGAAGGUGCAGCGCUCGAAUGGUUCUCCCGUUUGAAGCGAAACUCCAUCGGAAGCUUUCGCCAACUCGCAUCGGAAUUUCUCCUCAAAUACUCUAUGUUCAUCGAUAGAGAAACUUCCGAUGUCGAUCUCUGGAGCUUAACCCAGGAAGAGGGCGAGUCUCUCCGCGAGUUCAUAAGCCGUUUCAGUGGAAUCAGCGACAAAGUCGCCAUCGACGCGCUCAGGAAGGCGCUCUGGUACAAGUCGAAGUUCAGAAAGUGGAUAACGCUCGAAAAACCUCGCACAAUCCAGGACGCCCUCCACAAAGCCUCGGAUUACAUAAUGAUCAAAGAAGAGACGAAAGUCCUGUCGCAAAAACAUAAGCCGGCGAGGAACUCUUCGAAAGACGUGGAUCCGAAGUCGAAGAAGAAAACCUCUCGCGCGCACAGCUACGCGGUCAAUACGGAGCAGGGCAGAACUUCGGGAAAUACGUGGAACCGUAACCAGAGUUACGAUAAAAACGUCUACUGCGAGUUCCAUCAGACCGAAGGUCAUUCCACGACUAACUGCAAAGUCGUAGGGGCAAGGCUUGCCGCGAAGCUGCUUGCUGGAGAACUCUCUGGAGUAACCAGUGUCAAGGAUUUAAUCCUUGACUCCGAACGUCCGCCAAACACCAAUAAGAACCCUCCCGCGGAAAACUCGCCGCCGAGAAAUCUGGCCGGAGAAAAACGCGAGAGAAGACCGGACGAUAGGGGGAAUGAUAACUCCCGCAGGAGGGUGAACAUGAUCAUGGGAGGAUCCCAGUACUGCAAGGACUCGGUCUCGGCCAUCAAAGCCUACCAACGGAAAGCCGAGUCAACUGCGAAGUAUCCCCCACGGUCUCCUCCUCGAGACGGGCAGAACGCCUCGAUCACGUUUACGGAAGAAGAGCUUGCGGAAUCAACCAGCCUCACCGUGACCACUUUGUCAUUGAUCUCUUAA